AGGGAGGGAGCAGUUAUUUUUUUUUAUUUUAUCCUGUGCGAGAAAGAAAAACAUAUAAAAGGCCUGCCCCUUUAUUCAACAAGUUAGGGGCUGGAGUUGUGCUGUGCUUGGAUAGAUCACACGCCGAUCCUGCUGGAUCCUUUGCAUCAGGCUACUGUCUUAUUAUUCAGUUUAGAAAUCCUUCAGGCACCGGAGAGAUGACACUUUAACAGCCCAUGUCUCAUGGCAUUCACAGCACAGGUUGUCAGCAAUUAAAAGAGAAAAUCUCUCUCUCUCUCUCUGCUCUUAGUCUCCCACCGGCAGGAUCCCACUGAUGCAUGAAGUACCAGGGCUGCGUUGUGAAUCUUUCCCUUGGAAACAAGAGCUGGCACUUCCAGGGAGCACAUGGCAAAAAUGGAACAAUAUUUUGGCAGAACUUUUUACCAUGAACUGAAACUUCCAUGACUGGUUCAUUCUGGAAAGAAUUCAUCCGGCAAUAAGAUGGGAAAUAAAUCAGAUGCCUGGGAAUUUUAUUCCUCCAUAUCGAAAACUGACGACAUUGUGUUAGGAGUUCUAUAUUCAGUGUUUGGCCUGUUGUCUCUCUCUGGCAACUCCAUGCUGCUGUUGGUGGCCUAUCGAAAGCGAUCCAUCCUGAAACCUGCCGAGAUCUUCAUCGUAAACCUUUCCGUCAGUGAUCUGGGUAUGACCGGGACUCUGUUUCCUCUGGCGAUUCCAUCAUUAUUUGCACACAGGUGGCUGUUUGAUAAAAUGACGUGCAAAUACUAUGCCUUCUGCGGAAUGCUGUUUGGACUUUGCAGCCUGACCAACCUGACGGUGCUAAGCUCGGUCUGCUGUCUAAAAGUCUGUUAUCCGGCUUAUGGAAAUAAGUUUUCUACUGCUCAUUCACGAAUACUGCUGCUGGGUAUCUGGGCCUACGCAGGUUUGUUUGCUACAGCUCCCCUGGCGGACUGGGGAAAAUACGGACCAGAGCCAUACGGAACAGCGUGCUGUAUAGACUGGAAUGCGUCUAACCGGGAAAGCAAGGCUUUAUCGUACACCAUGUCUUUAUUUGUUUUCUGCUACCUCAUCCCCUCUUCCUUAAUACUCAUCUCCUACACCCUCAUAUUUAUCACUGUGAAAGGGGCCAGGAGGGCUGUCCAGCAACAUCUGUCCCCACAAGCUAAAGGAAGCAGUAUCCACAGCUUGAUAAUAAAGCUUAGUAUAGCAGUCUGCAUUGGGUUUCUCAUAGCCUGGAGUCCAUAUGCUAUUGUGGCUAUGAUAGCGGCGUUUGGAGACCCUACUAAAAUCCCAUCGCUGGUGUUUGCCAUAGCUGCAGUAUUUGCCAAGUCCUCAACGAUUUACAACCCAAUGAUUUAUCUGCUUCUGAAGCCCAAUUUCUUGAAUGUGGUUACUAAAGAGUUGACAUUAUUUCAGACCAUGUGUGCGGUGGUUUGUGGGUGGUGCCGGACCCCCAUGGUCAGAACUCCAUGUCCACACAAAGACCUUAUAACCACAUCAAAACCACCUGGAAAUUUUAAGGAAAGCCAAGGAGUGUGCAGGAACUGUGUCGACACUUUCGAAUGUUUUCGGAAUUACCCACGAUGCUGCGCUUUGGGGAAUGUUGACGCUGCCCGGCCCGUGGCAGCGUCUCUGGUCAGAAUCCCUCCAGCAAAUGGUGCACCCCAACAAACAGUUCAACUUGUUGUAAGUUCAUCGAGAACAAGGUCUGGGGAGGAGACUGUUGAGGUGUCAACCGGGGCCCUAACGUCAGAUUUCAUAAAAGACUUUAUCUGAGCACAAAGGGUUAAACAUCUCUGGGAUCUUCAGGAAAAUGUCUGUCGUACUGAUGUAAAAUAUUAAAGAAUUUUCAACUCA